CGUGGCUUACUGGGUGAGGAAGUGGCGGCGGGAAUCGUUCUCCGCCCGGCCCGCCUUUUGCAAGCCAGCGCCGCUGGGGGUAGAGCGAGCGUCCGCAUCGCGCGAGGCGCUUCCUCGCUUCGCAAGCCAGGGUGGGGGGCUCUUCGUAGCAAAACUCCCCCCCCCGCCACGAAACUUUGCGGCGGGCCAGACUGGCCGCCAGGACUGGAGCCCGAGGUGUCCUGGUUUGGGCCUGGGCCACGCUUGCGGGCAAUGUGACAUGGAUCGAUAUUGCAGAAGUUCGGCCUUUCCUCACCCCUUCCAGAGAGAUGAUGAAUGCAGAUGGUAAAAAACUGUUGCCUGUCUUUGCUCCUGCGGCCUGCCGUCUUCGCGCAACUGAAAAAACAGGUCUAAGAAAAAUCACUUUCUUGGAUUAAAAAAGAAUUUAAGCACUGCUGCAGUUGCAGAGUUAUUUUUGUGUUUGAGAAUCAGCAGUUUUGUUCUAAAAAUUGCUUUAAAACUUGUCAAAUGACCUCAAUGGCCAGUCUGUUCUCGUUUACUAGCCCAGCUGUAAAACGCUUGUUGGGCUGGAAACAAGGUGAUGAAGAAGAAAAAUGGGCAGAAAAAGCAGUUGAUGCUUUAGUAAAAAAGCUAAAGAAGAAAAAAGGAGCCAUGGAGGAACUGGAAAAGGCACUAAGUAGUCCUGGACAACCCAGCAAAUGUGUUACAAUUCCUCGUUCGUUAGAUGGGCGACUUCAAGUAUCACACCGCAAAGGCCUUCCCCACGUGAUUUACUGCCGUGUGUGGCGUUGGCCUGAUUUGCAGAGCCAUCAUGAGCUGAAGCCAUUGGACAUUUGUGAAUUUCCUUUUGGAUCUAAACAGAAAGAAGUUUGUAUCAAUCCAUAUCAUUACAAAAGGGUGGAGAGUCCAGUUUUACCUCCUGUCUUGGUGCCAAGGCACAGUGAAUUUAACCCACAGCAUAGCCUUUUGGUUCAGUUUAGAAACUUAACUCACAAUGAACCUCAUAUGCCACACAAUGCUACCUUUCCAGAUUCAUUCCAGCAGCCCAACAGCACUCCAUUUCCCAUGUCUCCAAAUAGUCCAUACCCACCAUCUCCAGGCAGCAAUACCUAUCCAAAUUCUCCAGCUAGUUCUGGACCAUCGAGCCCAUAUCAGCUACCAGCUGAUACACCACCACCUGCAUAUAUGCCCCCUGAAGACCAAAUGGGUCAAGAUACUUCACAGUCUAUGGAUACAAGCAAUAGUAUAAUUCCUCAGAUAAUGCCCACUAUUUCAAGCAGAGAUGUUCAUCCUGUGGCCUAUGAAGAACCCAAACAUUGGUGUUCAAUAGUGUAUUAUGAAUUAAACAAUCGUGUUGGGGAGGCUUUUCAUGCGUCUUCUACCAGUAUCUUAGUGGAUGGAUUUACAGAUCCUUCUAACAACAAAAACAGAUUCUGCUUAGGCUUGCUCUCCAAUGUUAAUCGUAACUCAACAAUUGAGAACACCCGGAGACACAUUGGAAAAGGCGUUCAUCUGUACUAUGUUGGUGGGGAAGUCUAUGCAGAAUGCCUGAGCGACAGCAGCAUAUUUGUACAAAGUAGGAAUUGUAAUUAUCAUCACGGAUUUCACCCUACAACUGUAUGCAAGAUUCCCAGUGGCUGUAGUCUUAAAAUUUUUAACAAUCAGGAAUUUGCUCAGCUUCUAGCUCAAUCGGUCAAUCAUGGAUUUGAGGCAGUAUAUGAGCUCACCAAAAUGUGCACAAUUCGAAUGAGUUUUGUAAAGGGAUGGGGAGCAGAAUACCACCGACAAGAUGUUACAAGCACCCCGUGUUGGAUAGAAAUCCAUCUUCAUGGGCCUCUUCAGUGGCUGGAUAAAGUACUUACCCAAAUGGGCUCCCCACUUAAUCCUAUUUCUUCUGUUUCAUAGUGCCAAAGUAUUUUUUCAGCACCCAUAAUUUUAGUGACCAUUUUCUAAUUUUCCAGAAGCUUCCAGCGUGGAUUCAUCAUAAGUUAGCUUUCCUCUUCUACAAAUGACCAAUUCCAUUGCUUUAUCAUCAUUUUCCCUUUCAUUUCCUAUUAAGACUGUUCAAUUUGGAGGAAAAUUGAAAAUACAGAGAUGGUUUAAUCCGAACUAUACAUAUUCAAAUAACUUUUGAUUCCACUGGAAGUAUUUUAACAUGUUUUCUGAGGACACAUUCUUGAGUGACUUUACAAAAUGAAUAACACAAUCUCAUUUGCUAAAUCUAUAUAGCUCCAAUUUACCACCAGUUUUUAAUAUUACUAUAUGGUUUUGUGGAUGAUAAAAAUCCACAAAGAGCUAGCUUUAUUAUACCUAAGAUUGCCUUUAGCUUAAAUAAUAUGACCUCAGUAUGUACAUGUUGAUAAGCAUCUGUUACAGAUAUUGAUAACAAAAUGCAUUAGAGCAGGCUCUGCUUUAAUCAGUAGCAAAAUUGCUUUCAUCAGAGUUCAAUGUUGCCUUCAUAAUAUAGUCCUGUAUGCAGAUCAAAGUCCAGGAAGAUUCAGAUGAAUGUGUGUAGGAUUGGUGCUUAACAGAUAUUUUAUCCAGGGUAUGCACUUUUUGAGGCAGUCAACAUUUAUUUGAAUACAGAACACUAAAAGUCAUGUAUAUUACAUUGCAAGAAUGUGCAUUGUGUUUUAUAUUUUAUUUUGCAUUUUGUAGAAAAUAGUCCGGAGGCUUCCUAAAAAUCUACAUUUGUUAAUUUUCAAUAUUAUUUUUUUUCCUUUAAAUAUUCUGUUUUGGGGAAAUUUGAAUUUUACCUAGUAAAGUGUUGUAAAACACUUGUUUUUUUAUUGCUGGGGAAGCUCAUUCUCAUGAUAAUGAUUAAUGAGAAUAUUGUCAUGCGGGUGACUGGAAGUUGUAUGAUGUAAAAUAAAAAUUUUUUAUUGGCAAGGGCUACAUUAUUUCAGGAGUAAUCUCAUGGAAGCUAUACACUGAUUUGUGGGUGACGUAGCAAAUUGUUUCUUUUGCUAUCGCUCUCCUCCUUUAAUAUCUUUAACUUUCCUGUCUUCCCUACCUUCCCUGUGCAAAUGGGCUAAUUCCUGCUAAAGGUAUAUAUUGAAUACAUGAAGCACAUUUUUAAAAUUAGGAUGUGUACCUCGAGUAUACUGUUCAUGAACCUUAAUCAUUCAUGCACACAGAAUCUCUUGUAUAAUUUAACAGAAGAGCUGGCAAUCUGACAUCUGGGUCAUAAGAGGGCAGUUUGGAAAUAAACUUCUGUUUGGUUAUCAAUGACAGAUACAGAACUUUUAUUAUAUGCAUUAGAAAACUACAACGUUACAUUACUUUUUGACAUAAUCGCCAUUCAAAUUGAGGCACUUGUCAUAACGUCUUACAAGCUUUGAAAUUCCUUCGUAGUAGUUGCUCGAUGCCAAAUCUGGGCUAUGGGAGAGUGAUCCAAAACAUUCCAAUAGAACUGCUUCAAAAGUUCUUGGGUGCGUCUAGCGGUGUGUGGGCAAGCAUUAUUGUGAACCAACACCAUACCAGAAGUGAUGCCAUAGAAAAUCCCACCAAAUGUGAAGAUGUCAGAGGAGUAUUGCUAGUGUGGUUCGACCAAUUCAGAAGUCUACUGUGAAAUGUUACAAAAACUCAGAUGAACCAUCCAUAACAAGUGUCGGGGCAUUCUGAUUUCCGGUGUGUUCAUGAUAAUGGUUCAUGAUAAUGCCCGCAUAUCGCUAGAUGUACCUAAGAACUUUCGAAGCAGUUCCCUUGGGAUGUUUUUGAUCACCCUCCCCCCCCCAUAGCCCAGAUUUGGUGCUGAGCGACUACUACUAAGGAAUUUCAAACCUUGUAAGACAUUACGAUAAGUGCCUCAAUUUGAAUGGCAAUUAUGUCAAAAAGUAAUGUAGUCUUCUAGAGCAUAUAAUAAAAGUUCUGUAUCUGUGAGGGCCUAUCACUGAUAACCAGAGGUUUAUUUCCUAAUUGCCCUUGUAUUUAGAAUUGUUUUACUAAACCAGUGGAAAGGCUUAACAAGUACUGAUGAAUGGUUUGUCAUGGGGAUACAGGUGUUUUACCUAUUAAGCAUUAUUUGUCUCCAUUUAGAAAUAUUUUGAUUCUUUGGACUAAAGAAUAUAUUAAGAGUCAACAGUCAUUACAAGUUAAAGUUUAAUUUAAAUUGAAAUGGAAAUGAAUUUUUCCUAAAUCUGAUCCUCAUCUAUGCAGUCAGUAAUUAAUUGAAACUUUGGUUUUAAAUAUAUAAUCUUUCCUUGAAAUUUCAGUUUUCAGUGGUAAAUUGUUGGAAGCUUUCACUCCUCUAAAAAUACUUACACUAAUUUCCUUCCUAGGAAAUGGAAGGCAGCUUGUCAGAAGUUGGUAAUUUUUUAAAAUUUUUAUUUUGCCCCUUCAGUGCUAGCAAUUAAAAGGGAUCUUCUUACAACAAAUUGUGAAAUUUAUUAUGGAUUCUAUCCAAACCAUCUGAGCUCUAAAAAGAAUCUUAGCCAUUGUGACUAAGCCAGUGACUGUUUUACACUCUGUAGGUGGUUGUAUCCUUCAAUCUUUAGCACAUCAUGUAUUAAAAUAAUGAAGAACGUAAGCAGAUCCAUAGUAUAUGUUGGUACAAUGGAGAUAUCCUUUACCCAGUUUUGAUUGAGAGUUCUUACAUGCUUAUUUUAAUAUAAUAUUUGAAUAAGUUUGGUAAUCUUAAAAUUUUGUACGGAGGAGAAUGUCUUAUAGAAGUAACUUAUGAUAGAUUUAAAAUGUAUAAAAUGAAGGAGAAGAAAGUAGGUUGGGAAGACCCAUCCUGAGUCAAAUCAAAGGUCUCUCCUCCUUGUAUUCUUAAAACCACUUAACAUUAAAAGGAAGGUUGUUCUUUUGUUUUGUUUUUACUUAAGAUAUCUAGUCACUACAAUUAGUGCCAUUGGUGGCCUUUUAGAAUUUGUCUAAACUCCAACCAAAUUACCAAUUUAUAAUUGUGAAUUUCAUACUUUUAUCUGCCUUUUAUGUUGAUCUUUUCUGAUUCAACUUCAGUUCAUGAUUUCAUAUUCUAUUAAGAAAAGGUUUGGUACAAUGAUCAGAAAUGCUAGACAAAGUGGUAAUAUUAACAUAUUGGCAAUUUAAUUUUCUGUUCAUUUUGUAAUAUGUCCAGGAUGGAAUUUUCUUUUUCAAAGUAGUGCACAUUGAGUUGUCAUUUUUUAUUUGACAUAGCCAUUGCAAUUCCAGGAGCCUUUUCCAGACUAAUUAUUCCCAACUCACAAGAUGUGAUAAUUAUUUCAAGGCACUUAAGUUAAAUGAGUGUGCAUUUAGAGUCUCUGAAUUGAAUACAAGUUCCUCAGUUUUUGAGAAAUUUGUAGUUAAUAUGGGAAAAUAGAAAAUAUGAGACUAAAUUUGGCUUGUUUGCAAUGUGAAAGAAAAUUAAGUGGCCAUGUGGCAAGCAGAUUAGUACUGUUCCCAUAGAGAAGGUACAAUUUGUAAUGCAUGGUGGUUUUAUCUUAAGAAUGUAAGAAUAGAGCACUGUAAAAUUAAGGCCAUCUAUAGGAAUCAAUUAAAUGAUUGUAUUAGUCGAUAAACAGGAUAGAGCAAUUGCCCUUUGCUAUAAUUCUCUAUUGUCUUAUCAUUUAGAGCUAUGCUAUAUAAGUAACAUGGUUAGCAACUGUUAAUCUUGUAUGUAAUCUUUUUGUCUGAUCUUUUUUAAAGCCAUCUAAAUUGCUGUAUAAAAGGUUAUCAAUAGAUUGUGAUAGUGUGCUCCAUGGUAACUCGGGUGAAAAAAAUGUACCCUUCAUAUUUGGCCUUUGACUCAUGUUGAGAGAGAAGUAGAAUGACAAAGGUUCUUCAAGGAUAAAGAAUAAACUUGUGUAUAUGUUGUGAGAAAA